GUGCUGGAUGAUCACCCGUAUUGGAUUGAGACCGCGGGCAAUCUGGUCCCUGUAGCCAAGACGGAAGAGCAACUGCAAUUGUGUGUGCAAGCAUUUCACGAAAACAGGCUCAGUAUGCUGGUUCGAGUAAAGGAUCCCUCGCAGUCCGCCGUCGGUAAACUGGCCUUCAUGUGCCACCCACGUGCAGUCCUGCAAGCGAUGGG